CACGCGCAGCCUGCCACAGUGGCUUAGCACUGGAUUCUGCGUGCGCUGACGUGACCAGGCCCAGCCGCCGGCUCCUGAUGCCGCUAAACAUCAUGGACAAGGAGGCAUUCAGGUUCCUGAGGUUCGCCGAAGAGCUGUUCGAGGACGACCCUAAGUUGCUCGAGAGGGCUGCCCAGGUCGCCCGAGAUGUAAUAAAUAUGCCUUUACUGCUCGGCCCAUGUACGCAGCAAAACGAAGGAGGUGCCCGCUGCUGGAUGUUGACUUAUGUGGAAGAGUUGAACGAGCGCCUGAACCCCUUCGGCAUUGACUUUGACGAACUGCGCGAAGGCAGCCUACACUUCAACAUGAUCCAUAACUGUCCCAUGGCUCCGCACGACCCCAAAACUGCGGUGCUCUUCUUGGCUACAUUGUGGUUUCUGCGGGAGCACCGCUGUAUCUCGGGCGUCAUCCUGAACGUGUCAGUGCUGGAGUGCUUUCGCCCGGUGCAGUUCCUGCAACACAUCACGUUCUCCAAGCGGGUCGUCACGGCCCACCUGACCGGCGUCGAGGGAAUCGAGAUCCCGUUCGAAGUGUGCCCUCUGGUUCGGUUGCUCGACAAAACGGAGCUGCUUACGCACGUGAGCCUCGACAGGGUAACACUGAUGGAAGCUGAGGGCAUCUAUCUCUCAUCACUGGUCAUUGCCAACCACGGACUGCAGUGUUUGGCCCUUCGGAACGUGACCAUGAAGGACUCCGUUCUGGCCAGACUCGCGGAGGAGUUCAAGGAGCACCGCCGACCGCGAGAGUUUGAACUGCGCGGGAGGAUCCCCUACAGUAUGACGCGCACUGAACUGGUCUCGAGGCUGCUGGACUGCUCCUUGGAAAUUCUAAGCCUCGAUAUCACGUGCGACCUGACCCAGCUGUUCGAGAAGCUCAAGCACAACACGCAGCUGAUGGAGCUCGAGCUCGGACGCUGUUGCCCGGCUGGCGCCUGUCUGGACACACUAGCUUCUGCUAUGGCCCAAAACAUGACGCUACGAUUCCUCGCUCUCAACCUCGACAUGACAUGGAUGCCGGACACAAGUUUCUGCUGGAAGCACCUGGGUGCCCUGAUUAAGAACAGUCGUUGGCUGAAAACUUUGUCUCUCCGUGAUUCGUGUCUGGGGAUUCACGCUGUGCACUCGAUAAGUGAGGCCAUGAAAAUGAACGAGAAUCUCCAGACGCUGAACCUGAUGGGCUGCGGAUUCUCCUGCACCGACUGCCUGCAGUUCGUGCGGGCGCUUUCACAAAACUCUUCGACUUGUAUGAAGUUGAAACUUGGCGUCUUAACGGGAAGCGAGUGCGAGCAGAGCCAGCUUCUCGGAGAGAUCGAGGAUUGUGGACUGGACGAUCGCGUUCACUGGAUUUUCACGUCCUCAGGCAGAGACAAUCGCCUUUGCAUUAGAAAAGGUCACUCCAUUUCAUUUCCUUGAGCUCAACUGCCCAGCCAUCGGCAGAGUUGGGACAUUGUUCCGGGGCCUUUUAAACGUCAAGCACAUGCUGACGACCCUACCUCUCCGGGGAUUCUACUGCUCUACGACGUCGCCAGACAGCUUUCGCGAUUCUUACGAGAAAGUGUGGUUCUCAGGAAGUUCAAGCUGGACAUGGUUUCCACCGCCGGUACAAGCUUGCUCAUUCUUCAGGGACUAGAGCACUCGAAAUCUAUGAGGUCACUGACGGGGACCGAGAAAUGCCUCAGAUAAGCCACGGCGCAGGGUUUCGAGCGCUUUGUGCGGAGGAACACGAGUGUCAUAAAGCUGACUAUUGUCAAGGAACAUACUAGACCGGAUACAAUCCUGACGCCUUAUCUGCGGCGUUGCCUAACAGAAAACUACAGUCUGCGCGAGGUAAGGAUGUUGGGCUCCGACGGACAACAGCAAUUGCACGACUCGGCGAUUUCGCGGUCGCUGCAUCUCAACACUGCGCCGGCAUGCGCCACCACAUUAAUGGCGGACAAGGAACUCACGAGGGCAACCGUGUUCGCCCUAGAGCUGAUCAUGGCUUGCGAUCCAGGCCCGAACAUCUUCUGCAUGGGCAUGGGCUGCGAUAAAGUAGUUUUUGUAGAGAAGCUAGAGCAAGCCAUCAGGACAGCCCAGGACGACCUGUUCGGUCUUGCCUGUCUGUAGAAGUUGGCGGCAGAAGUUGCCUGAUCACGAGCCAGUCGCGGCCAAUUCCCAAGCUUCAACGAGGAAGAUUAUGCCGAAAUAUGCAAGUGCUUGCACUGCAUCGGUAUCCCGACCGUCACGCCGCCCUUAGGCGAUUUUUGAUACACCUGCUCCCAUUUAGUCAACAACUCGCAUUGAGUUGAGAAUUACUGUUAAACACACUGGCACUCAUCAUUUUGCUACUUCGCAUCAUUCUUCAUGUUAUCACAAGUUCAUUGCUUUCAGCGCUCUUGUGACACGUUUUAAUGUCACCUGCACAUUUCAAAUUGUCAAUAAAGAAACCAUGUCACAUUUUCCAUGCUAAA